GAGAUUUUAUUUUUUUGCAAUAAAUGUAACAAUAUAAUGAAUGCAAAGCAGAAAUGCAUUUCCUUAAAGGGUAAAAUAAGAUAUUUAGGCUCCUACUAGAUUUUGAUUAUAAGAAACUUGCUCAAAAUGUUGCAGAUCCUCGAGUUUAAGUGGAAUAUCAGUUAGUAAUAUUAAAUAAAAUGCUUCAUAAAAAUAAAAAUUAAAAAAAGGUUCUUAUUUUUUUUUUUUUAGUUUGGCUUGAAUCAAAGGGAAAAGCUAUUUCUGGUGGGAAAAAGUCAGCUGAACACAAUAAGGAAACGAAGACAACAUUUAGGAUUUUAUUUUAUUGCUUCGCAUGACUGUUGAAGGUCCAUAAUUUAAUAACUUAGAAGUGAGAUAACAGAAAUUAAUGAUUCAUCUGCUGGAGCUGGACUUACUGUAGGUUCAACACAUUAUGAGGACAGUUAACUGUUGUGAAGUAAAUACGUCCAACACUUUUGGCCCUUUUUUUGUCUGAAGACUUGAGGUGCAUUAAAAAAAAAAAGAUUUAGGUAUGUUUUCUUAAAUGAUAGAAACUGGACGGUUUGUGUGUUCAUGCUUUAUUGCUUCCAAGUAGGUGGUGCAAAAACAGUCUGACUUGAGUCUUGCUGUAGUUCAAAGUACAAGAUUUUUAUUUGAGAGUAUUUCUGCCGCCACUUCCUUGUUCAUAAAUCAGAGCAGCGUUUCCUCGUUCCCGGACAAAACAGUCCAGAAAAGUAAAGGAAAGGAGCCUAUCUCAUCGAUGAAGGCGUUCAAGUCACGCGUCAACCCAGAUAAGAACUGAAAGCUCAAGACAACAAACUAUUUCCCUGCAGUCUCCUCAUCACUGCUGUCCUGCUCAGAAAAACUGGAGUAAAUUGAGCCACAGUUAAACCAGAAGAUCCUUGUGGAUUCUACAAGAACUGGACAAUGUCACUCAACGCCAGGGUUGUACACAAAAGGAGGGAGACCAUCACCGCUCUGCCUCUCUACUUUAGUGGACACCUGCAGAAGAAACGCUCCAAAGACAAGGAAUUCAAGGCCUACUAUGUGGAACUCAGAGGAAAUUCUCUGUUUCUGUAUGAAGAUGAAACACAGGAAACAUACCUUGAAAAGUUGGAGCUGUCCCAGCUGAAAUCCAUGCAGUUGGAGUCUUCCUACAAAAAGAAGGAGGCGGCUGUCUUUAGACUCUCUUUGCCCAAAGAGGAGCUGCAUCUAAAGAUGAAGGAUGCUGACACUGGAGAGGAGUGGAGGGGCUACAUCUUGACCAUGGCCAAUAAAGAGAUUCCCAACAAGCUGGAUCUGCUGCCGGGUCAAAAAGUGAAACUGGAGGAUGCUCUGAAACAAGAGACAAAACGAGUUUUUCCCCUUUCUCGUCCAGUCCUCCCACCCCGACCAGCUUUCAUGCAGUCAGAGUCGCUCACUGAUUCCCCAGCGUCUUCUACAAGCACAAAGCCUCCAUGCUUCUAUGAUGUGACUCGAAAGGAGGCUGAGCAGAUGCUGGAAGAGAACCCAGAAAACGGGGGCAUCAUUCUCCGCCCCUCAACCGUGCCAAACAACUACGCCCUGACCCUCAGACAGCCGACGAAAAGUGGGCAUGUCACAAAAAACUACAGGGUGACCUCCACACAGUCCGGGUUCGUCAUUGAGCUGGACACAGCAGUAACGGUAUCCUCUUUGGAUGAAGUAAUCCAAUACUUCUUGGAAAAGACAGAUUACCGGGUUCAUCCCUACACUCCCUCCCAGGCCUACGACACCCGCAUCGAGGCGUUGCCGACCCCUCCCCACACGUCUAAAGCCAUACCCAGAGCACAGGUCGCCCCCAUGCUGCAUUCGCAGAGCAGAGACAAGCUGGACAUUCUUGCAGACAAGUUCCCGUCUGGUGAAUACAUUUAUCCAGACGAUCACAGGCCUCCCAAACCGAACCUCAAACUAGUUCAGCAGGACAGUGAAUUUAAGGAGAAAAUAAGGAAGCGAAGAGAAAAUCUGUACCAGACAUGUGAGCCGGGAAACAUCGAAAUCACAAGUCAACGUGCUGAAAGACGCCUCAGUGGGACGGGAGAGUGGACUUCUACCAGCUCAGCGUGAGCCGUGACCUUCACAGCCCUGGAACGUCUGGAGAGCAAGCGGAAAAGUAAUCAUUUACUCUAGCAGCUGUCCAUGAAGAAAGGAAAGAGGGAAUGUAAAAAUAAAAUCUAACGUUCGCUUGAGCUUUACCCAGUUACUCACUCUAGCUAACGAACUUGGUAAUAGUACGUUUUAUUAGUUCAGUGAUACAGAAUGACAAAUGUUUAACAGAUAUAACAAAAAGGACUUUUAAUUUUAGUGAAUUGAAUCAAGUGUAACAGAAAUCACUGAAGAGAGCCUCGACACAGAUUAAAUUUUUUUCCUGAGAUCAAAAUGUAUAUAUAUUUUUUGUUUUUAGAAAAAAUCCAGUCUAAAAUCUUUUGCAACAAUUAAGUUUAAAGUUGAGUGAAGGACUGUUUCGUGAGUUUUACAAGAACACCACAAUAAAACUUUUACCAAAUGUA